AGGAGAGUGUGAUAGUGAUGAAGAGAUUAAUACUUUUCCCUCCUUAAGAAAAGGUGGCAAUUGGGAGGCUGGGUCCAGGCUUCUGAGGGUAGGGAGGGCAGGGAUAAGACCCAGGCACGUGGGGAACACGAGAAGGAACAGCUGGACUACACUGAGGAACAGUUUGGGGAAUUCAUCCACAGAAAUUUGGUUAGGGAGAAAACUAUGUUUUUUGAUAUUUUUAGUACUUUGGCUCCUUGGCUUGGAUUGAAGAGGGAGUAAAGGAAAAGUAUAGAAAUAAACCAUAAGAACUAGAGUGGAGGAAUAUGGGAUGGUUUCAUGCUGUCUUUUUCGAUUCUUUUCAGCCUCACUGAGCCUUUUUCAAGUGUGCAUCUGAGUCUGCAUGUCUAUGAAAUGCUCAUGUCUCUGAUUCCAGAAAGACACACUUUUCACUGGUAUCCAGGAGACCCGCUUCCCAGUGAUAAGAAAAGAGAUGGAAUCUGAUCUGCAGGAUGGAAGUGGCAACCAGUGAGCCAGUUCGUUGAAGCAAACCAUGGCUGCAAUAAGGAGUUCCCAGGCACACCCGUCCCCAAGCAAGGAUUCCACACAGGGACAGAAAUCAGCCCUGCACAACAAUGGCCCUGACUAUGAAGCUUCCCGCCAGCGCUUCCGGCAGUUCUGCUACCAGGAGGUAGCUAGUCCACAUGAAGCUUUUAGCAAACUCUGGGAACUCUGUUGUCAGUGGCUGAGGCCUAAGACACACUCAAAAGAGCAAAUCCUGGAGCUGCUGGUUUUGGAGCAGUUUCUGACCAUCUUGCCAGAAAAGAUCCAGAGCUGGGUGAGGGAGCAGUGUCCAGAAAAUGGUGACGAAGCUGUGGCUCUGGUUGAGGAUGUACAGAGAGCACCUGGGCAGCAGGUCCCGGAAUCUGGGAAGGACUUGAAAAUGCCCAUCGAGGAGACGGCCUCCUUGGGAGCAGCCAGAGAAUCACUGAGAUCCCACCUGAAACAGGGGGUUCAUCCAGAAGAAUGGACUGUGAAGGGGUCACGGAGCUCACCCCAGAGACCGUGGGGACAGUCAGAAGCCUGGCUUACUCUGCAGGCUCCCAGGAACCUUCCUCAGAGGAGGGGUCUUGGAGACCAGGAGACAGGUGCUGUGCUCCACACAGCUGGGGCCCAGGGAGGAGCCACGUGUGAGGACAGAGCCAUAUCCUUCUGUCAGGAAGGGGAGAUACACCUGGGCCCCGAAUAGAGGGCCCUCUACAGGGAUGUUACACAGAAGAGGGAUCACCAUUGUCUCCUGGCAGCAAGUGUGCACUGGGACUAUGAAGAGACCAAGACACGCCUGACCAUUCUCAGUAAUUCUCAGUUUUAUGAAAAACUCCAGACCCAUCAGCAGAACAGCCAGAUCUCCAGGGCCUUGGUGGAACAACUCCAGGAGCAAAGCUUUCUGCAGACCACAGAGCAGCAUCGCGCCAAGUUCAAAAGCCUGCAGUUGAUCCACAACAUGAGGAGAGGCUAUGUGCCUGAGCCUUGUAUCUUUUAUGAGGAAACUGAUGCCCUUUCCAGCCCCUGCGCCUCUGCACCUACUAUGGCAAGCAGUGCUGUUCCUGGCCAAGAGGGAAGUUGAGGCUAGAGAACUGAGCAGAAUGGAGGGCCCACAGAGGCUGGAGAAGGUACCACCGUGGAUGCUGAGGACUGGGAGGAAGAGGAUUUCAGGGAUCCUGGCCAGGCGGUUAGGAGGGUUGGCCUGCCAGACCUGUUCCCAAACAGACGUGGUAUUGAGAUCAAGAGCGGGAUUACAAAAGAGAAUUGGAAAUGGGAUGAUACAGAGGAAGCAGAAAUGAACAAGCCUUUUCAGAGAAAGUCCAGUGAAGUCUUUUGGCACUCUGAGCUAAAAAGAGGCUGGGCGAGUGCUCCAGUGUCAAGAAGGCAACGAAGAUGUUCUCCAGGGGAGAGUGAGGAGAAACCCCCAUCCCAGAAGAGGAUGAGUCACCAGAGACUUCGUACUGGGGAAAAGGCCUGUACACAUUUCCUGUGUGGGAGAAACUGCUCUCAGAGUUCUCCCUCUCACCACCAGCCAGUCCCCAAAGUGGAAAAAGCUUCUAAAUGUCACGAAUGUGGGAAAAGCUUUAGCCGAAGUUCUUAUCUUGUUCGACACCAGAGAAUCCACACGGGAGAGAAGCCUCACAAGUGCAGUGAGUGUGGGAAAGGCUUCAGUGAGCGCUCCAACCUCACUGCCCACCUGAGAACUCACACAGGGGAGAGACCCUACCAGUGUGGGGAAUGUGGGAAAAGCUUCAACCAGAGCUCCAGCCUCAUUGUCCAUCAGAGGACCCACACGGGGGAGAAGCCUUAUCAGUGCACUGUCUGUGCAAAGAGAUUCAACAACAGCUCCCAGUUCAGCGCUCACCGGCGAGUCCACACUGGGGAGAGCCCAUACAAGUGUGGGCAGUGUGGGAAAAGCUUCAACAACGGCUCCUACUUGAGUGCCCACCAGAAAACCCACACGGGAAAGCAUUACCAGUGCUCUCAGUGUGAGAAAAUCUUCACUAAGAACCCUGCCCUCAUCCACCAUCAGGGGGUACACACAAAAGAAGUUCCCAUAUCCCAGGAAGGAAGGCAUGUGCUAUGA